AUGAGGAGAGCCCGGAAUUUCUCCACCAAACAGCGGGGAGGCUCCAGCUGGAGCCCAGCCCGUCCUGCUGAGGCUGCUUUCCCUUCCCUUGCAGGACCCUGCAGGAAGGGGCCGGCGGGUGCCAGCGGAGCCGCCCGCGGUGCCACCGAGGUCUGUGACAAGGGCAACGUGACAGCCAGCCCCUGCUGCGCCAUCCCCCGUGGCACCAACGUCACCCUGUCCUGCCGGCUGGCAGCGCCGCGGGGCUGGUGCUGGGCAGCGAUUUUCCUCAACAGCUCCGAGCAAAUCCGAGCCCGGGGGGGCUGGGUCAGCAAAACCUUCCUGGUCACUGCCCACGGCAGGCACAACUUCACCUGCAAGUGCAUCUGUGGGGACAGGAGAAAACUCGUCUGCGGAAUCGACAUCCAGUGUGGGAAUCCUCCAGACGAGCCCAGGAACGUGUCCUGUAUCCAGAAGGGGACACAGGGACACCCCACCUGCACCUGGCACAAAGGCAGGCUCACCUACCUGCACACUGCCUAUGGGAUAGAGCUCUCCAACGGGACCGAUGUCUUUUCCUUUCCAGAAGAAACUCCCAGCCAGGUUUUGGGCUCCGGGGCUCUGAGCAAGCUGGAUUUUGACUCCAACUACACCGUGGUGGUUUCUGCCUCCAACCCGUUAGGAAAUGCCUCUUCCCAGCCACUCACCUUCAUGCUGGUAGACAUAGUGAAGCCACACCCUCCCGACUUUUCGGUGGAAUUUGAUGACUCCUCUGGCACCAGCUGCACCGUUCUGUGGCACCACGGGGCACAAGCACAGCACUGCAGGCUGAGGUACCGGCCCCUCGGCAGGCACGGCUGGAGCACGGUGGAGGGCUCCAGCAGGGAGCAGCAUCACCUGCAGGGGCUGGAGCCCGACACAGCCCACGAGUUCCAGGUGAGCUGCAGGAUGCUGCCGGGCCGAGGGCUGUGGAGUGACUGGAGCAGCAGCCAGGGCAGCACCCCGGCAGCAGUGCCAACAGGAACCCUGGAUGUCUGGUACCGGCAGCAGGAGCUGGACUCGGGGCACCAGAACCUCUCCCUGUUCUGGAAGGCUCUGAGCCGCUCGGAGGCAGGAGGGACAAUCCUGGGCUACACUGUCACCUUGGAAGCCCUGGAGCAGGGGAAGCUACGGGCGCAGUCCCACCGGACCACGCAGACCAGCUUCUCCAGGGUGACCCCCAGGGUGGCCCACAGGGUCACGGUGACCGCGCACAACGCGCGGGGCAGCUCCGCCCCUGUGCCCAUCCUGACCCACCUGAGCCCAGACCUGCCCCCUCCCCAGCGGGUCUCUGCCGUGGGCCUGGGCAACAGCAGCAUCCUGGUGAGCUGGAGCCCCCCUGCCAGAGCCGCCGUGCCCGUCGGGGGCUACCUGCUGGAGUGGGCAGAGCCCUGGAGGGAGCCCCGCCGGCAGCCCCAGCACCGCUGGCUCAAGCUGCCCCCGUCCCACCUGGCCACUGUCAUAGCAGAGCACAUCAGGGACAACGUCUGCUAUCAGAUCCACGUGUCUGCACUUUAUCAGGACAGAGCCGGGCAGGCAGCUUCAGUCAGGGGAAACUCCACAGCUCAAGCCCCGUCAGCUGGGCCCCAGGUGUUCACCACCCCCAUGGCCAGCGGUGUCCUGGUUUCCUGGGAGGAGAUCCCGGCCCCCCAGCAGAGGGGCUGCAUCACUGGCUACCACAUCUACCUGCACAGGAAGGAUGGGCAGGGCCAGCCCCAGGUCCAUGGUGGGUGCCCGGGCUGGAAAUGCUGCCCCUGCUCCCCCUUCUUUGCUGAAGGUCUCCUGUGGGACCACUUUCAGUCUGAAACUAUCAGAUUUAUCCCUGCUCCUCCUAUUCUUUCUUUUCCCUUAUUCCUCCCCGUCCCCGCCUCCCUUGGCUCGGAGCCCCGUGCCAGCUCUCCAUUUCCAUGCCUUUUCCCAGCCGUUCCCGCGGGGCAGGCUCCUCGCUCGCUGCACCUCGCUCCGCUGGAGCCGGGCGAGCCCCACGAGCUCUGGAUGACAGCGGCGACCGCGGCCGGGGAGGGGCCCCGGGGCAACAGCGACAGCGUCUGCCUGGACAGUGCUGGGGGCUGGCUGACUCUGGUGCUCGUCUGCAGCUUCUUCGUCCUCUCAGCCUGCCUUUGUUCUGUGCCUCCAGCAAGGAGAGUGUUCCAGGGUCUCCUGUCCCUCCUCCUGCCGCAGUGGCACAGCAAAGCCAUUCCCGACCCUGCCAACGCCACGUGGGCCAAGAGCUUAGCGGCUGCCAAGGCGGAGCUGAGCGCUCCCUCCAGCCCCUUCCUGCCCGGCGCCUUCGAGGAGCCCGAAACCAGCCCUGUGGAGGAAACCUCCGCCCCCCGUGAGCCCCCCAAGCCCCGGGACAAGCCGGCGGUGGGCAGCGGGGACUGGGCACAGGAGAGCCCGGAGGAGCAGCAGCCGCUGCCGGAGCUGUACCGGCGGCUGCUGGGGGAGGCGAUGGAGCCCCCGGAGCCCGUGGCCGAGUACAUCCCCAGCCCCGGCAGCCCGGGCCCCGAGCCCGAGCCGGCCCCCGAGCCCGAGCCCAGCCCCAUCUCCGUCUUCCCAAGCGCAUUCCUGCCUCCCGCCCUCGGCUGCCAAGGGAACCUGACCCUGGAUCGAGUGAAGCUCAGCGGCAGCUCCUUCCCGAGGUAGGCAGGGGGCGAUGGCAGCCCGGCACGGAUUUCGGCACUUUACAGAGUAUUUCGGUGUUUCGAUGUGAGCCCGGCAGGAAUUUUGGCACCUUACAGAAUAUUUUGGUGUUUCAAUGUGAGCUCAGCCUGGAUCUUGGCACUUUACAGAAAUAUUUCAGUGUUUCAAUGCAAGCUCAGCCUGGAUUCUAGCACCUUACAGAAUAGUUUGGUGUUUCAAUGUGAGCUCAGCCUGGAUUUCGGCACCUUACAGAGCAUUUUGGUGUUUCAAUGUGAGCCCAGGCUGGAUUUCAGCACCUUACAGAGUAUUUCAGUGUUUUGAUGUGAGCCCAGCCUGGACUUUAGCAUUUACAAAACAUUUCAGUGUUUCAGCACAGCCAGUCCAGUCCCUCACAUGUGACACCUCCGAGUGACAAAACCCUUCCCAACCACACCUCACCAUUGGUGCUCCUCUGCAAUCAGCACAGCUGGGGAUGCCAGAGCUGGAUUUGGGGGAUUUUGGGAGCUCUUCCUGCAGCCUGGGCUGCCUCAAGCCCUGUCCCACGGCCCAGCCCAGGAUCAGAGCUGGAAGUCACCAGAAAGAACAAGGAACUGCAAAAGGGAAGGAUGGAACAGCUCAGCACCUGCUGUUCCUCCCCUGGCACCAAGUCACAGAGUCCCCAGUGCCACCAGACCCAGGAGGGACACAGCACCAGAGCCCCUUCCUCGCCUGAGUUCAGGACAGGAAAAUUCCUCACCAGAACUAAAAGCAGCAGGCAGCAUCUGUACUCAGCCAAACGGAUUGUCAAGAGGAAUUUAAGUGAUUUAUUGGAGUGUUCUAAUUACAGGCUGCAAGGGUGUUACACAUUUAAUGACUUUGUUUACCAGAUGUGUGUAUAUAAAUAAAAUGCUGGAAAUCUGAACUUGGCUUCCUGUUGUUUUCUCUGGUCAAGCUCCAGCUUUACGCAGAACAAUUAAAAAUUAAAUAAAGCUGAAACAUUGGAGUUA